ACUUUCUAGUUGCCAUUGACUUUUAAUUUUUCUAACUAGAAAAUAGAAACGAAUCGCUUUUGGCUUUUUCUCAUAUUUUUAACGAUUCUUUUUGUAAAAUAUCAAAUUAAUUACCUACACAGCCUGUGAAACCAACGUAAAACGUUCAACAAUGUAUACAAGAGGCCCAUCCAUUGCUAACAUUUUUCAGAAGGCUGUCCUGCUGAAGGACACAAAAUGUAACAAAAUUAUUCAGCGACAAUUAUGUUCCGAAUCGUUGAUAAAAUUCUCCAAAAUCGAUAAAUUGAUGCCAAUGAAACGAUACUACAGUGGAGCAUCAAAUAACCGCAAUCCGAAUCAGAAGAGCCGAAGUAUACAGGGCGUCGGUUACAUCAGAAAAGCUCUUCCGAAAUAUCCUAGAGAAAUGGCCCAACAACCAUUGUCAAUGAACGAACAGAUGGCACCGUCCUACAUUCAACAUAAAGGAGUGAUCGCUUCUGAUAAUCUUGGUACGCCACUAAAUGGACAGUAUGUCAAUGAAAAUCCACUGAGCAUCAGCGGGAAGAUAACAAUUGUCCUGGACAAAAACGAAAUUUGCGGUUGCUCCGCUCCGAACGAAAAUGUUCAGAUUUUUGUUACUACUUCACCUGAAACAACGCAAACGAUACGACAGGCGGACAUAUCAAAAAUUUGCGAGGCGAAGUGCAAUUGUUGCCCACAAUGUCAGGAGGUGAAAAAUUUUGGAACUCGAAAUAUGGUCGCACAAAGGUCCAUUGUAGCACCAUUUCAACAGCCGAGCAGCGUGUCGAAUUUUUCAAAUCAGUAUCCCAAAAGUCAUCAAAGUGUAAAUGGCUCAGCUUUGCCAAGAUAUGUGCCGAAUCCAUAUGCAAGGUUCAACAUAUUGGAUGAGAGACGAUCAUUAAAUCUAAAGAAAAGCCACAGUAUGAGUGACUUUCCUGCAAUGAGAAAAUUGAUCGUACCUAGCAAUGAGACACAACCGCAAGCACGUCAGUUACAUCGUCCACCAGCUAGCCGUACGCAUUCCCUAAGUGGAGCGAAUAACUUUGGCAGAUUCAACAACAGUCAUCCGCCAUCCUUUCAACGACUAGUGGGUCCGAACCCAAUACAAAUGCAAAGAAUCCAGCAAACUAACGAGACUGACAUCGUAUUUCCAAGACCUAACGAGCAUAUGAGGUCCCAUCGAGCCGAUUUCCCCAAAAAGGACCAACACACGAAAAGAAUGGAUGAACUGAAAAAGCUGGCACGGAAAUACAGUUCUUUUCAUCACCAAGAUAUACCAUCGGUUCAACCAGAAAAUGUUCCUAUGAAUCCACCUGAUGCAAAACAAAAUAAGCAACCGAGAGAUAAAGUGGAAAUCGGUAGUGGUGGUCCGAAGACGGAGAAACCAGUUCCAAAGUCCCGAUUUAUAGUUGAAAGAGUUAUAAGACCUGCAUCAUUUUCUUCGGUCGGUCGUGUUAUCAGCAACGGUACUGGUAAUAUCGCGAGUGCACUCAAUCAGAUUGCAAUAGGCCAGAAAAUAAAGUCACUUCAUGGGCCAACUACCGCAAAAUCUUCAAGUGGUGCACUCAUCAGUAAACCUAAUCUCGUCAAUCUGCGCCAAGAAAUUGUCACCAAGAAUAGAUUUCCAGCUGAAAGAGAGGGCGCACCGCGAAUGCUCACUUUUAAAAAUCAAAACAAAUUUGAUGGAGCGCGACGUUCAGAUAAUGUUUCAAAAAUUGUCGGUCGAUUUGGAUUAAGACAAAGAGUUAUUUCACCGGGUACAGGUCCGAUGAUCCAUGACACUCAAGCCAAAAAUAAAUUUCCAUUGCAACCACUCUCGAUUCCUCCGAAACAAAGGAGUACAGAAUCAAUCAACCUGAAACAGUUCUCAGUUAGAAGACAACCGCAACUGGUGGUGCAGAAGAACAGAUCAAAGAUGCGACCGUCGUUCAAUCUGAAUUAUCAAAUUAGGAAACAGCAUCCUCAAAACGUUUCGCAUCAACAAAAAUCGAAUAGAAAAAUUCAUCGCAGGCAGCUUGCGCCGAUGAGAACCAAUCAUAUGAGCCGUAUGGGUCAAACGAAACAGCCACCGAAAUUUAUCCUUAGACGGUCUGCACCGAUGAGUGCUAAUCAUAUGAACCGAAUGGGGCAAAGGAAACAGCCACCCGUAUUUCGCAUGAGAAAGUGUCUACCUGUUAUGGCUGCAAGAGGACGAAAAAAUCGUCAGCCAGAUAGACGUACGUUUAUUCCAACUCUACAAAAGGGAAGCUUGCAGACGAAUGUCAACUCCAAACAAAAUCGGCCAAAGAAAGGAGAUGCAAAAUCGGUAACCAAUUUCUGGAGCACAACAAGACCAUCGUACACAUCAAUGAUCCCAGUUCGUAGUAGAAUUUCACCAGAAAAUGCUGCAUUCAACGCCAUUUCCAAUACGGAAGUCAAACGACAACGAAAGCCAGUGGAACCUCAGCGGCCAAGAUAUAAUCCAGCGAGACGAGUGAAGAGAGACGAACUUCAGAAAUCCUUACCCGUUGACGUUGCGAAGAAGACAAAUCAAAUUGAGACAAAUGUGGAUAAACCCAGAUCGGUGGAGACUGCCGUGCAGCCGUAUCAACGACGCAUGAAUCCACUUCGAUUGCAGCAAAUGCCAACGAAAACAGACGAACAGAAACCGAUUCCUUCCAAGAGUCUGGAGAUGGCAUCCCCGUCAGCAGACAAAUCCAGUCUCAAGGGCGAAAAUCCGGCCGUUUUGUUCUAUGCCCCAGGAAAACUACAGUUGGUCGAUGUUCCAAUGCCUCGUCUCAUAGAUGAAACAGGAGUCAUUGUCAAAAUGUUGUACGUACACUUGACGGAUACUGACGCUCAAAUACUCUCAGCUGAACAAAAUGGUCCUUACAAAUUGAGCCAACCAACCAUUGCGGGUAAAUCUGGUUCCGGUGUAAUCGUUGAUGUGGGGCAAAAAGUCGAUAAUGUCAAAAUCGGCGACAAGGUAUCGGUGAAAGGACAUUCGUGCGGAAAAUGUUCAGCUUGCCAGAGCGACAAUGCCGUGAUAUGCGAACGUGUUCCAAUGAUUGAAAAAUUGGGAAUUUUAAAACGAUUCCAUGCGUUGCCUGCUAAAUUCGUUACAAAGUUACCCGAUUCCGUUCAUCCGAUCGAUGGAGCAAUGAUUGAUGAGUUGUCGUCGGCUAUCCGGGCGUGUAAGAAAUCAACCGUUACUGCUGGUGACAAUGUGUUGGUUUUAGGUGGUAAAUCACUUGGUUUAUGGACUGCCCUAGCAGCAAAGAGAAUGGGUGCUACGAACGUUUGUUUAGCUGACGCCCGACCAUUGGUGUUGGAUCAAGCUAAAAAGCUUGGCAUUGAGCGAGUGUUUCUUAUCGAUGCAGAAUCACCGAUACCGAAUAUCGUCAACAGCGUUACUAAGCACAUGGAGGGAGAAAAUCCUCGGAUUGUUUUCGACUGCACCGGAUCUUCGCUCACAAAUUCCAUUGCAAUUAAUACAUCAGCGGUUGGUGGAAAAGUUGUUUUCAUGAGAAAUGCGAUAUCGAAUCAACCGAUGUUUCUGGCCAAUGCUGUUGAUCGUGGCGUUGAUAUAUUGUCGUCUCAACACGGAAACAAUGAAUCCGAACGAGCGGCCAUUCAGUUCCUUUCCAGUGGUAAAGUGCAAUUAAAAGGCAUCGAUUCAUCUUUCUUUGAAAUAACAAACGUACGCGAAGCAUUUGGCUUAUUAAACUCGGGAACAACAGCGAAUAUAUUCAUUCAACCGAGUCGACUGAACGAUGAAAGCGAAGGAAAGAAAUAGAGGAACGUUACUUGUGUGUUAAAAUAUAUUCAAAAUUGCUUGUAUAACUUUGCUGGAAUAUAUGGCAAGUGUUUUAAAAAUUGA